GCAUAUACAUUAUACAUAUGUGUGUAUGUGUGUGUGUGUGUGUGUGUGUGUGUGUAGCGAUUUUCUGAUAUAUAGCUGAUACUGCUCAAAUAUAGCCCAAGAAAGGGAAAAAUAGGGCCACCUACGGUGUAUAAAAGCUUACGAUGUAGGACCUACAAGCGCAGUAAAGUGCUACAAAGGGAAGGCGAUGUACCGCUCGAGAGGCAAGCUCUUCUGUUACUUUGUGAUCAAUGGAUUGGUGAUAUGCUUGAUGUACGGUGGUACAGAGGCGAUUGUUGGAGUUGACGAAUGUCAGGCGACACGGGUGAUACACUUCCUUCAGUACCCGGGUUGUGUUCCAAAGCCGAUUCCCAGUUACGCGUGUAGAGGACGAUGCAGCAGUUAUCUGCAGGUGUCUGGGUCCAAGAUGUGGCAGAUGGAGAGAAGCUGCAUGUGCUGUCAGGAAAGCGGCGAGAGAGAGGCUAGUGUCUCCCUGUUCUGUCCGCGGGCGAAACCAGGGGAGAAGAAGUUCAGAAAGGUGAUCACCAAGGCGCCGCUGGAAUGCAUGUGCAGACCGUGCACCAGUGUAGAGGAAUACGCGAUAAUACCGCAGGAGAUCGCAGGAUUCGCCGACGAAAGUCCCUUCACGACGUCAGCGCACUUUAGACGAUCGUCCGGUCUGCCUUAAGUUUGAGACCAUACGGAAGACGUCAAUAUAUUUCAUUUCCUAUUGUACAUCAUGAAUGAAAACUAAUAAAAAUACUAACGAAUGCAUGUCGAUCCCUCUCUCUGGACCGCGUGAAAUACAGAAAAGAAACGCAUACAGCCGUCCAUAUUUUUUUCGUAAAAAUUAAUUUUUUUACACAAAUCUUUUUUUCCCCCAAUAAAAAAUAUAGGAAAAAUUGUGCAACUUCAGCUAAAAAGAAUAGGUCUAUUGUAAAUUUUCUACCUAGAGUUCCUUGGUUUACAUUUUCAUUCGAUUAUUUAGUCUUCUUUAAUAGUUAUUUAUUUUUAUCUAUAUGUGUGUACUUUCUAUUCACAUAUGAAGAGAAAUUUUAUUUAUCUACGAUUCACCAAGUAUGUACUUACACUUGUAAAAAUUCUCUAUUUUUCUUUAGCGACAUAAAUAAAAUUAUAUAUGUAUAUCAAUCACAAAAGAGAUCGAUGAGAAAAAGAAGUCGUAUCGUGAAAACCUCAAUUAAUUUGGUCUAAAUAAAUUGCCUACGGCGGUUGAAGGUUCGGGAGAGGAUACACGUAGAAUAGGAAACGAUAUAGAUAAGAUCGAACAUUGUAACUCGUAUGUUCCAAGUCGAGAAAUUAUGAAGCAUUGCAGACUGUUAAUAUACUUAAAUAAUAAUAUAUAUAUUUACAUACAAUAUAUAGGUAUGCUCCAUGUAAUUUCAAGUCUGUAAUCGAGUCGUCCGUGCGCUUCAUAUUUCGAAAAUGGUUGAUCGAAGAUUCUGACAGAUGGUGGUUUCUUUUGGGAGACCGAAGCAAAGACUCUAUACUUUCGCAAAAGUAUAUCCCACAAGUCUCUAUAUGUCUAUGUUCAUGAAAAUGUUCGCAAUUUCCCGAGUGUAGUUACCUUUUACAGGUACGAUAAAUCGCGUGGUAUCGGCACUUAACGAUAGUUGCCGGAUAAACAUAAUAAUUCUUUGAUAGCUGUACACGCACACACAUGCACACAGAAAAUCAGUCUCUCCUAUACGAGCACGUUCGAGACACAGGCGAGCUUAACGCUGUACCUCAAAUCAGUUUAAUAACAAUUUUAUACAAUUCGCUACAGCAUUAACCACGUGGAUACAUACUAAUGUUUCCACUAGCCGCGCUCUGCUCUCUCACACUCUCAAUUUCUCUCUCUUUUACUCCUUGUGAUUAUAAAUAGUUAGUGUUAAAAAAUAG